AUUGUACUCUCUCAAACACUGAGUACGGUUCUCUGCACACAUUAAGCACUCAAUAAAUACAAUUGUUUGAUUGAGUGGCGGGGCUUGGAUCGGACACUGGGGAACAGUCAGCAGGAGACAGUUAUAGACGGGGAGACAUAUUCCCUCCCCAGAAGGGGAGGGUCCCUGGCUUUCCCAGGUUCCGGCCGGGUCUGGUCGCCCCACCUGCCCUCUGAGUCCAAGGGCACCUGCCCCUUUGCUACCCAUCACUCGAGUUUUCUCCCCAAAGAUGGGGGGAGGUUCACCCCACAGGACUGAGGACAAGAACCCUCCCCUGCGGUAGGCCCCAGGCUUAACCAGUGAGCUACAGACCCUGCAGAUGGGUGGGGGUCUCCCAGGCCCCUCCCACCCCAACCGGCCACCUCAGGGGAAGGGAACUGCUGCGGGCCGGGGUCGACUGGGCGGCAAGGCAGAAGAGACUGGCGUUGGGAAGGAAAGGCCUUCUCCCCAUUGGAAUAGCCGUUCCCCAGCGGCUCGGCGCUCCAACCCCUGGCCUGGAGACUCCGAUCCUCCUGCUUCUGGUGUCCUGGGCCUAGAAACUCCGGUCCUACCGCUUCUUGUGCCCUGGGCUUGGAGACUCCGAUCCUCCCGCUCCUGGUGCCCCAGGCCUGGAGACUCCAGUCUUCCCACUCCCGGUGCCCUGGGCCAGCCUGUGGUCGGGCAGAGUGGACGACCAGUUUCGUCCUUGGGGCCACUGCCCUGGACCUUGUGGUUUGGCUCCUACCCCAAACCGGCUGACACAAGCAACAUAUUUGAUUGUGAAAUUGAACCCAGGAGUCCAUCUGUGCCAACCCCUCGCCCGCCGAGCCCCUCCCAGGGCCAAGGGUUUAAACCGUGACCGCGCUCGGCCGGGAUCCUCAGAUUCCGCGGCAGCAGCGGCAUGAAGUCCGGAGGCCUCUUCGUCUUCGUGGCCCUUGUGGCUCUGAGCCCCGUCCAAGUGACUCCAAAACCCCCUCCGUGCCAAACCCAGCCAUCAAAAGGAAGGUGUGGACACCAAUGCAGGGGAGACAGUUCCUGCCCUCCGGCACAAAAAUGCUGCAGCAGUGGAUGUGGCCAAGUCUGUGCUCCAGAGUUUCCACCGGCGAAACCGAAACUCGGCAUCUGCCCACCCAUCCCAAAAAGAACAAAAGGGAGAUGUGUACAGAAUUGCAAAGGGGACGAAUCCUGCCCUCCCGGGAGAAAGUGCUGCUCCAACGGAUGUGACCAUAUCUGUGUGCCGCCAAUGAAAACCGUGAUUCCAAAACGCCCCCCCUGCCCACCCCCACCAUCGGGAAAAAAAGGGAGAUGUGAUCAAGAUUGCCAGAAAGACUCUACCUGCCAAAGGAAGCCGGAGUGCUGCAGCCAAGGUUGUGGACAGGCCUGCGGUCCACCAACGAAAGGCAGUUUCAGUGGGACAAGGUGGCCCCAGGGGAAGAGGCCGAUCCCAGAUGGCACAGUGGUUCAUAGACCCGGUAUCUGCCCCAAACUGCCACCAUCUCCAACAGGGAAGUGUUCACAGAAUUGCAGGGGAGACUAUUCCUGCCCUCGGGGGCAUAAAUGCUGCAGCAGCGGAUGUGGCCAAGUGUGUGCACCAGCGACGACGAAGGCUUCUGGAAGUAUCUGUGAGAAGCCCGUGGAGGUAGGCCGAUGUAUGGGCCACAUGCCCAUGUACUACUAUAACUCCAAGAAGAAGAAAUGUGAACCGUUCAUCUAUGGAGGCUGUCAGGGGAACGAGAACCGGUUUAAGACCAUGGACUUGUGCAAGUCUCACUGUGGAGGGAGCACGAAAUCCGGGAGAUGCCCACCUCCACCGAAAGGAUACCGUGGAAGCUGUUACGAAUCCUGCAAAGGAGACCAGUACUGCCCUCCGAAACACAAGUGCUGCAGCAACGGAUGUGGUCGUUCCUGCAAGUUAGCGGUGACAGACAACCCAUGGAUCUCCUUCAAUUGAUCGUCCACCCAGGGAUGGCCAUCUGCCCACUCAUGGAAGCCGGAGAUCUGCGGCUUCGGGG